GCCAUUUCACGAAGUCGGAGCCAAAGGAGAGUUCGGAAAGUGAAAAUGUUAGCAAGACUUGUUCUGGGACUUGUCAUCUUUGAUGCUGCUGUAACUGCCCCAACUCUAGAGCUCAUCAACUAUGACUCAGAAACCUACGACGCUACCUUGGAAGAACUGGAUAACUUGUACAACUAUGAAAACGUUCCUAUUGACCAAGCUGAGAUUGAGAUAGUGACAGUGAUGCCUUCCGGGAACAAAGAGCUCCUCACUCCACCUCCGCAGACAGAGGACGCCCAGGAAGAGGAGGAAGAGGAGGAAUCCACCCCCAGACUGAUUGAUGGCUCUUCCCCACAGGAGCCUGAAUUCACAGGGGUACUGGGCCCGCACACCAAUGAAGACUUUCCAACCUGCCUGCUGUGUACUUGUAUAAGUACCACCGUAUACUGUGAUGACCAUGAACUUGAUGCUAUUCCUGCACUUCCCAAGAACACUGCUUAUUUCUAUUCCCGCUUUAACAAAAUUAAAAAGAUCAACAAAAAUGACUUUGCAAGCCUAAAUGAUUUAAGAAGGAUUGAUCUGACCUCAAAUUUAAUAUCUGAAAUUGAUGAAGAUGCAUUCCAAAAGCUGCCACAACUUCGAGAACUUGUCCUGCGUGACAACAAAAUAAGGCAGCUCCCAGAACUGCCAACCACUUUGAUGUUUAUCGAUAUUAGCCAUAACAGACUUGGAAAGAAAGGGAUAAAGCAAGAAGCAUUUAAAGAUAUGUAUGAUCUCCAUCAUCUCUACCUCACGGAUAACAACUUGGACCACAUCCCUCUGCCACUUCCAGAAAACCUGCGGGCCCUGCACCUUCAGAAUAACAACAUUCUGCAGAUGCAUGAAGAUACCUUCUGCAACGUUAAAAAUUUGACUUAUAUCCGUAAAGCACUAGAAGACAUUCGACUGGAUGGAAACCCUAUCAAUCUCAGCAAAACUCCUCAAGCAUACAUGUGUCUACCUCGUUUGCCUGUUGGAAGUCUUGUCUAAUUUCAGAAUGGUUAGCAUUAGUAAUGUCUACUCUAAGUCUUAAAAUAUGAUGAAAAUUCAGCAAUUGAAAGAAACACUAGGUGAGUUAGAAAGUAAUCUACAAGAUGUACAGAAAAAGAAUAACUAAGUGAUAGAAAAAUCUCACAGACAUUUAUGAGUCAUGUAUAGCUUGCAAAUUUUAGGGUACAUAUCCAAUAUCAUUUCAAAUUAAGUGUAUAAUAAAAAAAAUUAAAUGAACACUUUAAGUAUU